AUCCCCACAUCCUGCUCUACUGGGUCAAGUCCCUCCUGGACCGGCUCUUGUCCAUCAUUUGCUAACGGGGACCAACAGUGCCCCUGGACAAUUUUACUUCAUUGGUCCUUGGACCCCUCAAAUCUCUUCUGAUGAAGAUGGCCUUGCCUGGGAAUUCUGCUGGCUCCAUCAACUAAUUAUGGGACGAGGCUGUGCCAGCAGGUCUGGGGGCAGGAGUACAGGGCUAAUCAAGCGCCCCAGGAAACACUGGAGGACUUGCCCAGCCUUUGAAGAACUCUAGCGGUUUUUGGAUCUAGCCCAGUCUGGCGGUAAGCAUGAUGCGACUUCUGCCACUUCUGCUGGGACUUUUGGGGCCAGGUGGCUACUUGUUCCUUUCAGGGGAUUGUCAGGAGGUCGCCACUCUCACUGUGAAAUAUCAAGUGUCAGAGGAAGUACCGUCCGGCACAGUGAUAGGGAAGCUGUCUCAGGAACUGGGCCGGGAGGAGAGGUCUGGGCGAGCAGGGGCUGCCUUCCAGGUCUUGCAGCUGCCUCAGGCGCUCCCCAUCCAAGUGGACUCCAAGGACGGCCUGCUCAGCACAGGGAGGCGGCUGGACCGGGAGCAGCUUUGCCGGCAGCAGGAUCCCUGCCUGGUUUCCUUUGACGUGCUUGCCACAGGGGAUUUGGCUCUCAUCCACGUGGAGAUCCAGGUGCUGGACAUCAAUGACCACCAGCCACGGUUUCCCAAAGGUGAGCAGGAGCUGGAAAUCUCUGAGAGCGCCUCCCUGCGCACCCGGAUCCCCCUGGACAGAGCUCUGGACCCAGACACUGGCCCCAACACCCUGCACUCCUACACCCUGUCUCCCAGCGAGCAUUUUGCCCUGGAUGUCAUUGUGGGGCCCGAUGAGACCAAACACGCGGAACUCGUGGUGGUGAAGGAGCUGGACCGGGAAAUCCACUCAUUUUUUGAUCUGGUGUUAACUGCCUAUGACAGUGGGAGCCCCCCCAAGUCAGGCACCAGCUUGGUCAAGGUCAAUGUCCUGGAUUCCAAUGACAAUAGCCCUGUGUUUGCAGAGAGCUCGCUGGCACUAGAAAUCCAAGAAGACGCUUCCCCUGGUACUCUCCUUAUAAACUUGACUGCCACAGACCCUGAUCAAGGCCCCAACGGGGAGGUGGAAUACUUCCUCAGUAAGCAUGUGCCUCCAGAGGUGCUGGACACCUUCAGUAUUGAUGCCAAGACAGGCCAGGUGAUUCUGCGUCAACCCCUAGACUAUGAGAAGAAUCCUGCCUACGAGGUGGACGUCCAGGCAAGGGACCUGGGUCCCAAUCCCAUCCCAGCCCACUGCAAAAUUCUCAUUAAGGUUCUGGAUGUCAAUGACAACACCCCAAGCAUCCACAUCACAUGGGCCUCCCAACCAUCACUGGUGUCCGAAGCUCUUCCCAAGGACAGUUUCAUUGCUCUCAUCAUGGCAAAAGACCUAGACUCAGGAAACAAUGGUCUGGUCCACUGUUGGCUGAGCCAAGAGCUGGGCCACUUCAGGCUGAAAAGGACCAAUGGCAACACAUACAUGCUGCUAACCAAUGCCACGCUGGACAGAGAGCAGUGGCCGCAAUAUACCCUCACUCUUUUGGCCCAAGACCAAGGACCCCAGCCCUUAUUAGUCAAGAAACAGCUCAGCAUUCAGAUCAGUGAUGCCAACGACAACGCACCUGUGUUUGAGAAAAGCAGGUACCAGGUCUCCACUCGGGAAAACAACCUACCCUCUCUUCACAUCAUUACCAUCAAGGCCCAUGAUGCAGAUCUGGGCGUUAAUGGGAAAAUCUCAUACCAUAUCCAGGACUCCCCAGUUUCUCACUUGGUAGCUAUUGACUCAGACACAGGCGAGGUCACCGCUCAGAGUUCACUGGACUAUGAACAGAUGGCAGGCUUUGAGUUCCUGGUGAUCGCAGAGGACAGGGGGCAGCCCCAGCUUGCAUCCAGUGUCUCUGUGUGGGUCAGCCUCCUGGAUGCCAAUGAUAAUGCCCCAGAGGUGAUUCACCCCAUACUCAGCGAUGGGAAAGCCAGCCUCUCGGUGCUUGUAAAUGCCUCCACAGGUCACCUGCUGGUGCCCAUUGAAACUCCCAAUGGCGUGGGUCCAGCAGGCACUGACGUGCCACCACAGGCCACCCCCAGCUCCCGGCCAUUCCUUUUGGUGACCAUUGUAGCAAGAGAUGCAGACUCGGGGGCGAAUGGAGAGCUCCUCUACAGCAUUCAGAGUGGGAACGAAGCUGGUCUCUUCGUCCUCAGCCCCCACCUGGGGCAGCUCUUCAUCAACAUCACCAAUGCCAGCAGCCUCACUGGGAGUGAGUGGGAGCUGGAGAUCGUGGUGGAAGACCGAGGCAGCCCCUCCUUACAGACCCGAGCCCUGUUGAGGGUCUUCUUCGUCACCAGUGUGGACCACUUGAGGGACUCAGCCCGUGAGCCUGGGGCUCUGAGCACAUCGGUGCUCACAGUGAUUUGCCUGGUCGUACUGCUGGCCAUCUCCGGGUUGAUCUUGGCUCUGAUUAUGUCCAUUUGCCGGACGGAGAAGAAGGACAACAGGGCCUACAACUGUCGGGAGGCCGAGUCCACCUACCGUCACCAGCCCAAGAGGCCCCAGAAACACAUCCAGAAGGCGGACAUCCACCUCGUGCCUGUGCUCAGGGGCCAGGUGGAUGAGCCUGGUGAAGCUGGGCAGCCCCCCAAGCACGUGGGCAAGGAAGCGAUGAUGGAAGCAGGCUGGGACCCCUGCCUGCAGGCCCCCUUUCAUCUCACACCAACCCUGUACAGGACUCUGCGUAACCAAGGUAACCAGGGAACGCUGGCCGAGAGCCGAGAGGUGCUGCAGGACACUGUCAACCUCCUUUUCAACCAUCCCAGGCAGAGGAAUGCCUCCCGGGAGAACCUGAACCUUCCCGAGCCCCAACCUGCGACGGGCCAGCCCCGCUCAAGGCCCCUGAAGGUUGCGGGCAGCCCCACAGGGAGGGUGCCUGGGGACCAGGGCAGUAAGGAGGCCCCGCUGAGCCCCCCAGCCUCCUCUGCAACCCUGAGGCGGCAGCGGAAUCUCCAUGGCAAAGUAGCCCCUGAGAAAGAGUCAGGCCCCCGUCAGAUCCUGCGGAGCCUGGUCCGGCUGUCUGUGGCUGCCUUUGCGGAGCGGAACCCCGUAGAGGAGCUCACUGUGGAUUCGCCUCCUGUUCAGCAAAUCUCCCAGCUGCUGUCCUUGCUGCAUCAGGGCCAAUUCCAGCCCAAACCAAACCACCGGGGAAAUAAGUACUUGGCCAAGCCCGGCGGCAGCAGGAGUGCAAUCCCAGACACAGAUGGCCCAGGUGCCAGGGCUGGUGGCCAGGCAGAACCGGAUCAGGAGGAAGGGCCCUUGGACCCUGAGGAGGACCUCUCUGUGAAGCAGCUGCUAGAAGAAGAGCUGUCGAACCUGCUGGACCCCUACACAGGCCUGGCCCUGGACCGGCUGAGCGUCCCCGACCCGGCCUGGAUGGCAAGACUCUCUUUGCCCCUCGCCACCAACUACCGUGACAACGUGUUCUCCCCGGACGCUGCGACCUCGGAGGAGCCCAGGACCUUCCAGACGUUCGGCAAGGCGCCGGGGCCCGAGCUGAGCCCGACGGGCACGCGGCUGGCCAGCACCUUCCUGUCGGAGAUGAGCUCACUGCUGGAGAUGCUGCUGGAGCAGCGCCCCGCCGUGCCGGUGGAGGCCGCCUCCGAGGUGCUGCGGCGGCUCUCAGUCUGCGGAAGGACCCUGAGUCUAGACCUAGCCACCAGCGGGGCCUCGGGCUCCGAAGGCCCUGGGGUCCGAGCUGGAAAGCAGGGGGCCGAGGGCAGGACCAGCAGCGGCAGCAGCAGCAGGGGCCUGUGGAUCCAGGAACCAGGGGCCCCGGGAGAUGUUAGGAAGCCCAGGCCCUGAGGAUUCUGGGACAGGAGGUGGUUUCUCUAAUCUUGAACUCACUGACCAGAGGUGGCCUGAGAACUUAAGGUGACCAGUGCUGCCCCACAGAGGAGGCAGGAGCCCCAGGACAAACAGCGGGCUGACCAAAGCAACCCCUUGUUAGGGGCUGGCUCUGCCUGUGGAUUUUUUGGAGGAGGAAGACAGUUGGCCGCUGAGAUAAGUGUUUGCUGGCAAAACACAUGUAAGAGCACAGAGGGUUCAUCCUCCUGCAGAACAGAUGCCAAGGAGUGUCACAAGCAGGAAAGGAUGGCCUGGGUGCACACUGGAGGGUGUGGGGGGCUGGAUCCUGGGGCACCAGGCAAAGCUCUCUGACCUAUUAAUAAAGGAAAAGCAGUGGCUCGUUAUCCUGUUUGCACCUGUCGAGAGGGAGGACGGAAGAAUAAGAGUGAAGGUUCUUUGUCAUCCAGUCCCUGGCCAGAGGGUCAUGCGGGGCCUGGGCGGGAGGGUGCACAGUGUUAGGUAGGCAAUGAUGGACAUGGGUACUCUUGACCCCUGCUCCUCUGCUGCUGCUACAUUAUCAAAUAAUCCGAUUCUCAGCUGGAAAAUUAAGGCUGAGAAAAGCAUGACUAUAGAGCAUUAAUACGAGCCAGGCACAAGUCUUUACAAUAGGAUUUAAUUUCAUUUCUCCACAACCCUAGGAGGAGAGGUGUUAUUAUCCCCUUUUCACAGACAAGGCCAUGAGACUUGGAGAGGCUGAGGGUCUUGCCCAAGAUCAAGCAGAGAGAGGAGGCAGAGCCAGGAAUUGGAACUAGGCUUGUCCAACAUCAAAACCCAUGCCCUCGACCUUGACACUAGACUGCCAGCCAAGGAAAGGAAAGGAAAAGCCCCCAUAGGUGAGCUUUUGCCAGUAGCAGACUUGCCUGAGAUCCCCGCAAGAAACACUGUUGAAAAGAACAUUUCCAAAGCCACUCAGGCCUUCACAUCUCUGCUCUUCCAAGCACAUAGUGAGAGGGAUUUGGAACUGACCUGAUGCAGGGUAGGCGUCUGCAGGUACAGAAGUCAUCUUUCCAGACCCACCAAUCGUGAGUAAAUCUUCCUCUGUCACAGCAGUGAAUUCAGGCCCUAGAGGACAGUGUGUGAACCGGGUCUAUGAAAUUGACACUGACAGCAGCAAACCUUCCAGGAGAGGAAGGAGUGAAAAAAAUAGCAAAUAUUUUCCCAAGGCUCAGCCUUAUGAUUUCCCUGGAAAUUUCCAAGCAGUCUAUUCAGCUUCUCAGUAACGUGGGGUUUUCUUGGAUAC